UUUGUUUACAUAAAUAUAAACCAAAUACAAACAAAGACGACAAAUCCUUUUAUUGUUUGUAUUGUAAAAAUUUAUUAAGAAACAUAAUUUUCCGGAGGUCUCAAACUGUUCCAGAUUACAAAAUGAGCUCAGAAAAGCUCCUAUUUCGACUGGAACAGCCCCAUGGAAAUGGUGAUGUUUAUAUAACAUGGCAAAAAGGUUCAGGAAUGUAUAUGGCAACAACUGGAGUAGAUUGUAUGGUUAAUAUAUUUGACAGAUAUGGGGAGAUACAAGAAAGAAUUCGACUGCCAAAUCUUUGUACAAGCUUUAGCUGGGAUUCAGAUGGUGAUCUCUUAGGAAUAGUUAGCCAAACCCAGUUAAUAUUAUGGGAUGCAAAUAAUGCCAAAAAGCAUAUAAUAGAUGUUGGCCUUAAAGACUAUAUGUCUCGCUUAGCUUGGAGUAAAAAUGGGCCAAUGCUAGCUGUUGGGACCACAAAAGGGAAUGUAGCUAUUUAUAAUCACAAUACUACAAAAAGAAUACCAAUAAUAGGAAAACAUUCAAAAAAAAUCACUUGUGGUACAUGGAAUAAAGACAAUUUAUUGGCACUAGGGUCAGAAGAUAAAACCAUAUCAGUCAGUAAUGCUGAAGGUGAUACUCUUAAAUUGAUUAGUUUAAGGGCUGAGCCUGCAGAUUUGCAAUUUUCUGAGAUCAAAUUAGAUGAGAGGAUUGGAGGAGAAAAUACUAUCAGUGCUAUAGUGGGGCGCCGAACACUUUACCUCUAUAAACUUUUGGACCCAGACAACCCUUUUGAACUGGCUUUCCAGCAACAUUAUGGUUCCAUUGUGUCUUAUAAGUGGUAUGGAGAUGGAUACAUUCUUAUUGGAUUUUCGGCUGGAUUUUUCAUAUCCAUAUCCACGCAUAUUAAAGAAGUUGGCCAAGAACUAUUUCAGAUAAGAAAUCACAAAAAUAUAUUAACGGACAUUUCUAUCUGCCAGGUCAUUGGGAAAGCUGCAAGCUGUGGAGAUAAUAGUGUAAAAAUCCAUGAUAUCUCUAACUUACAAGAAACAUCGAGUGUUUUAAAUUUACCGCAAGAGUCUGGUUUAGAAAGGAUUUCCUGGAGUACAGACGGACAACUUUUGGCUGUUGCCACUAGAGGAGGAUCUAUAAAUGUUUAUGUAUCACAUAUGCAACUUUUAACCGCAGUUUGCCCCCCGAGGAUAGCAAUUUUGUCCAGUUUGACAGAAGUCAGUUUAUAUAGUUAUAGUUCUGAAAAGGAUAAACUAAAACCGCUGUUCGUAAAUUUAGAACUAGAACCUGCCUUUAUUGGCGUAGGACAGUACCACAUGGCGGCGGGUAUGAACAAUAAGAUAUGGUUUUACGACCUUACUAAACCAGAACCAAGUUCAGGAGAUAUACCUUUAAAAUUGGGCGAUAGGCAAUAUUUAGGUGUAGUUACCAGCGUCAAACUGAAUCCUGAAUAUGCCUCUGUACUGUUUGAGGGUAGGAUUCAAUUACAUAUGAUUGAACAACCUGAAGUUUGUCACGAAAACCGAGAAUCUAUAAUUUUUCCAGAAGCAGCUCAAAAUGCCGUAGUAAUUACCUGUCACGAUAUAACAACAGAUUUUUUAGUAUACGGCACUGAUACGGGUCAUAUUGUUUAUUUUCAUAUAGAAGAGUGGUCCAAAGCCAUGGAAUAUAAACAUAACGUGGGGAUUAGUGAUAUUUUUUUAGAUCCAGCUGGAACUAGGUUAGUCUUAGUGGACGUUAAGAGUAUGGGUUAUGUAUUUAAUGGGGUUACAAAUGAAUUGAUUUCAAUACCAAAUAUACCAAACAAAGUAAAAGGAGUUACCUGGGAUAGCAAUAUAUCCGAUAGAAAUGUUUUCAUAAUCUAUGAUGAUAAUGAUAUUCACACUUUUUUGUAUAUAAGACAUCAUAUGGGAGGUGCAAAAGUUAAAAAACUUGGAGAAACGGUCCUAGUUUCUAAACAAGUACCCUUAAUAAUGUAUCAAGGGGAGGUUAUGUGUGCGACUUCCACAGGUCAACUUUCACAGCUCAACUUGUCUUCGCACGAUAGUUCUCAGAUAGGAAUGAUAUUGGAUAGAGAUAAAAAGGUUGUGGAAGCGAAUUUUUUUAAACAACUCGAGCUUCAAAGAUUCCAAGCGGCAUUUAAACUAUCCCAAAAUAUUAAAUCCAAAGAAUUAUCAGUCCUAUUAGCUGAGGAGUGUUUGAAAUCGUUGGAUAUAGAGACGGCUCUUCAAAUCUACACACAUCUUGAAGACGUUUCAACCGUUCUGUCACUCCAAAGUGUCCAAGAUAUAGAAGACUGGAAACUCCUUCUAGGGUAUAUUGCUAUGUUUCUCAACAAACACGAUCUCGCCCAAGAUUGGUUUCUAAAAGCGAAUCAUCCAUUAGUGGCGCUAGAAAUGAGACGUGAUCUACUGCAAUGGGAAGAAGCGCUAUCAUUGGCUAAGAAAACUGCCCCAGAUCAAGUGUCUAUGAUUAGCAGAGAGUAUGCUCAGCAGUUGGAGUUUUUGGGUAGUCAUACAGAAGCUCUAGUCCACUACGAGAAAGCUUUGCAAGAAAAUUUAAGUGCAGAACACACUUAUACAUGUAAAGCCGGUAUUGCACGAACUACAUUACACUGCGGUAAUUUUAGGCAUGGCAUCAGUAUUGCGGUAGAAUUGAAUAAUAAACAGUUAAUUAGAGAGUGUGCUGAAAUUCUGGAUAAAAAACGACAGUAUGCGGAGGCAGCUAUGCUCUUUGAAAAAUGCGAACAGUUUGAUAAAGCAGCAUCGAAUUACAUCAACCUGAAAAACUGGAGCAAAGUGGGUGAACUCUUACAUCAUAUAACAUCAAAUAAAAUCCACCUUCAAUACGCAAAGGCAAAGGAAAGGGAAGGAAAAUACGAAGAGGCGGUGAAAGCUUAUGAAAAAGCUCGAGAUCAUGAUGCCUUGAUCAGGCUACAUUUGGAACAUUUAAAUAAUCCGGAAAUAGCUGUGGAAAUUGUUCAAGAAACUAAAAGUGUGGAGGGCGCUAAGCUUGUGGCAAAGUUUUUCCAAAAGUUGAAUGAUAUAACUUCAGCGAUAAAGUUCCUGGUCUUAUCGAAAUGUAUGGAUGAUGCCUUUGACUUGGCUAAAAAGAGCGGUAAAAUUCAACUCUAUGGCGAAGUGUUGAUAAAUAGUUUUACCGACGACGAGGUAAAACCAAAAGAUUUUGUCAAGGUUGCUCAAUAUUUCGAAAAUGAAAGGGAUGAGCUUAUGGCUGGCAAAUUUUGGUUUCAUGCCAAAGAAUACCACAAGGCCAUGAAACAUCUUUUAAUAGCAGCCAAAUUCAACUCAAAAGAAAAAGACGCCAUAACAAUCGCCAUUGAUGUCGUAGCCUCUUCGAAUGAUGAGUCUCUGGCGCAUGUCCUAAUUGAGUUUUUAUUAGGGGAUUCAGAUGGUUUACCAAAAGAUCCUAAAUAUUUGUUUCGCCUUUAUAUGGCUAGAAAACAGUAUAGGGAGGCCUCAAAGUCUGCCCUUAUUAUCGCCAAUGAAGAACAGAUUAAUGGGUUUUAUAGGAAUGCUCAUGAUGUACUCUUCGCAAUGUAUCAAGAACUGAAGCAAAAUAAUAUUAAAAUUCCACUAGAAAUGUAUACGAAUCUCAUGCUUUUACAUAGUUACAUUUUAGUACGAUUACAUGUUAAACGAGGAGAUCAUAUGAAAGGAGCUAGGAUGUUAAUACGGGUAGCGAAUAAUAUAUCAAAAUUUCCUUCCCACAUUGUACCAAUUUUAACUUCGACUGUGAUAGAAUGCCAUAGAGCUGGACUUAAACACGCGGCCUAUAAAUAUGCGACUACACUGAUGAAUCCAGAGUAUAGGAAGCAAGUAGAUCCAAAAUACGCAAAAAAAAUCGAAGCGGUAGUUAGAAAACCACCAAAAAAUGGCAAAGAUAAUGAAGAAACUGGAGAUCCAGUAGAACCAGAUAGUCCAUGUCCAUACUGCGAAAAAAUGUUACCAGAAUCAGAAACUAAUUGUAGCAAUUGUAAAAAUUAUUUACCUUUUUGUAUUAUAACUGGUCGACAUAUUUCAAAAAAUGAUCUUACGUCUUGUCCCAACUGUGAAUUUCCUGCCUUUUUAGAUGAAUUUUUAGAAUUAUUAAAAACAGAGGAUUCUUGUCCGAUGUGCUCCGAAUCCGUUGAUUCUAGACGUUUGGUGCAAUUAAAUGAUAUUAGACCUUACCUUAAUAUUGAGGAAUAAUAAUAAUUUUUACAUUAAAGUAUCAAAGCAUCUGGCUAAAUUAUAGUUGGCGUUAGAAAAGUGUGGAAGUUGAAAGUAUUAAUAAAGAAAAUUCGUCGUAUAUACCUAUAUUACCAGAAAGUUUCCUACAUAAGUAUGUCUUUUAAGGAUAAAUUCACCUGAUUUCUUAGAAUUAUGAGGGGCGAGGGUUGAAUUAAAACCUUUACAUAAAUCUAUUGUUUGUGAAAAUUUUAGUAUACACAAGAAUUAGUUAUUAACUAUAUUAUUUGACCUUAACACAAACAAUAAAAAACAUUUAUUAUUUUAAGAGUAUACAAAAAUCCCUUAGAAGGUCAACUGAAUGAUGUUCGUCGUAAUGUGCUAAAAGUGCGUAAGUGUUUUGUAGAAAAAGUAACGGACAAAUAGAAAAAAUGCGGAUUUACUAAUUUUGAUGAAAAUUAAAUUAUAAUUUUAACCUAACAUCUUAAUUACCGUAAAACGAGUUGACUUUGCUCCUCUUUUAAAGAUUGGUUUUAAAAAUCGCUAUAUACACGGUGUCCCAAAUUCGAGGGUGACCAUUGGAAUCUCGAAAACCGUAAGAGUUACAAGGUCGGUUAAAUGGAGGCAAAGUUGCGCAAUUUGAAGCUUAAUAAUUUUAAAAAAUUUUAAAAUUCCAGAUACUUCCGGAGUUAUCUGAAAAAAAUCGAAAAUUGUCAAAAUCGUUUUUACCUUCUACCUAAAACUAAAAACAGUUUUUCAUUGCCACUUUUUAUGUACUACAAGAUGACGCAAUUAAUCCGACGUUUCGUUUUUUUUCGAUCAUCAUCAACUUUAUUAUUUCUUAUUGGCGCCAUAUUGGAUUUUCUCAUUUUUAAAAAGUAUUUUUAAUUGCCUUUAAAAUGAGGUAUGGUACUUGCAUGUCCGAUUACUCCUUCUAGUACUUCCCAUAAAAACUCUGAGUGCAAGAGAGAAGGAUAUAUCAAUGGGAUUUCCAAAUAAAUUGAUUUUAUAUAAGUUGAAGCUAUAAAAUACUCUGUAUUUCAUGUAGUUUUUUUUUAAACCAAUUCAAUGAAAAUAUAUCAAUUGAAUACAGGCUAUUUCAUAACUUUGGUUCAUGUAUAAAAAAGAGUUGAUAAUUUCCCAGAUAAACUUGUUAACAAAUCCCAUUGAGUUCUUAUUGGAAGUGCUAGGAGUAAUCGGAUAUGCAAGUGCGAUACCUCAUUUUAAAGGCAAUUAAAAAUACUUUUUAAAAAUGAGAAAAUCCAAUAUGGCGCCCAUAAAAAAAAGUUGAUGAUCGACAAAAACCAAAACGUCGGAUUAAUUUUUUUUGCGUCGUGUUGUAGGACAUAAAAAGUGGCAAUAAAAAACUGUUUUUAGUUUUCCGAUAUCUCUUUAAAUAAAGUCGGUAGAAAGUAAAAACGAUUUUGACACGUUCGGUUUUUUUUUUGAUAUCUCCGGAAGUAUCCGGAAUUUCAAAAUUUUUUAGACGUUAUUUUAUUAAGCUCCAAAUUGCACAACUUUGCCUCCAUUUAACCGACCCUGUAACUUUUACGGUUUCCGAGAUCCCAAUGGUCACCCUCGAAUUUGGGACACCCUGUACAUAUAACCGAAUUAUUAUUUUUUUAGUUUAGUUUCAUUUAUUAAAAAACAUCUUUUAUUUCGUUUUUCCCGUAGAACAUUGAAAGUCUUUCAAUGUUCUAAGCUUUUUCCCAGUAAAAAAAGCAGAAUAAAAAAUAAGGUGUUUUUGAUGUUUUUAUUAUAAAAAUUACUUAGUUUUUAUUAAAAAUGAUAAAAAACAUGGUAAAGUCAUUUUUAAAAAAUGCUAAAUUACAUAUAUAAAUUUUGAUAGUAAAAAAAACACACAAUACAUUAAGGCAUAACUCUCGUCUUUAAUCACUGUACCAACAAUCGCAACUGUAUCAACAAUGCCUCUUUUUGUUACUUAUUUAGGAGGUUUAAUAGAUCCCGGACCUUCAGUCCUCGAAGAAAAAUCCAUUUCUUUAAGGACUUUUGCAUAGAUUUAAUUUUGACUUCUUCAUCGGUAAAGGCAACGAUUUGACCGGGGUAAAGUUAUGCCUCAUAGACAAAUGCAGCACAUCGCCCUACUUCUCUUAACACGAUAUCAAAAUUGUCUUAUUUUUUAGGCUUUUCUUCCUUCAACAAAACUUAUUUUCCCUUUCUUGUUCCUUUUCUAGCUCAUUAAAGUUAAUAUCAUCCGAAGGGCUGUCAUCAAAUUGAAGAAUAUCCUCGUCUCUUUGUUCGGUGUCUUCUGUGAUCAAAUCUUCUUCAGUUGCUUCGUCAACGCAUACUUCUAUUGAUUUUUCCUGGAGGAAUGUAUAUUUUUUCCUACCAAUUUUUUUUCGUACUCGUACACGAUGAUCUUGUGUUUAAGAUUAAAAAAAAAGAGGUAGUAUCUGUAUUAAAACUUCCUUAACAUUUAAAGGAAAUAUUCCACAUUUGCGAAAGCUGGAGAGCAAAUUAACUUUAAUGAUUGCCUCAAUAAUUUUCAGCAUUCUUGGGUGAAUUCAUGAGUGGAGAAAAGCUUAGAACCUUUAAGAGUAAAGGUAAAUUUUGUUUCUGACUAUUUGUGUUUCUAAUGUAUCUUUGGUGCCUUUCCAUUCUGAUAGGGCCUUUCGCCAUGCUAUUUUGACAGGACAAAAAAUGCUGCAUCCGAUGAAUGCGUUAAAAAGAGUACUUUUAGGAGGCAAUAAAUUAAACUAAUUUUAUUUCCCCGACACAAUCUAAGAGAAUAAACUGAGGAAUGAGAAGAAAAGUUGUUGCAUUAAAGCACUUUCUUUCCUUCUACUUUUUUUAAUAUUGACAUCAUCUGAUAUUCAAGCCAAUCAGUAAAAAUGUUGCUGCCAAACCAUCCCGAUGAACUAGCAUUGUAGCGACAUCCUUUUGGCCCAUUUUUUGUUCAUAUGAUAGAUAUAUUAGUGGCUCGAUCAACCACAUACGGUGGUAACAGUUCUCCAGCAACAAUUCCUGCAAAUAUGACAGAUAUUGAUGUAUUGUUUUGUUCUCGGAAAAACGUAAAAAGUGAACGUGGAUGUCUUGUAAUAAACGAGUUUUCUUAUUCAAUGUCGGGGUAAAUAAUUCAGAAAGAUCUUUAUAUUACUCUUACGAUACUCUACCACACCUGUCCAUGUGAAGUUAGAUCAGGAGAACUAAAUGUGAUAGUGCUCCUGAUCUUCAUCCAAACAAUCUUGCAAUUUUUUGCUUAGUGUAAUCUGCAUAUCUUCGUGUACCAGGUUUUUAUGCUUUUAUAAACUAAUAAAACAGUUUAUAUAAAACAGUAUAUAAACUUUUUUUGUGAAAUGGUGUAGCCAGCACGAAAGUGGAAAAGUUUAAUAUCUCAUUUUACGGUAUUCAGUAUUGUUCUUUUCCUUGCGAGAAGUUUUCUUCGAGUGCUUCUACUUUUAGUCAAGUUCCUGAGUAUCUUUGGGAAUUAAUUUUUAUGUCUUGUAGAUCUUUUAGCUUUUCGGAGGAAAGAAGUUUACGAUCUGCCAAAGUUUAUGGCCAAGAAUGCAAGAAGGUAUAUAUCAAUGGAUGGUUUUUGUUUUUUUUACUUCCUUUUCCAAACAAAUUUUUUAAGGUUCUUUGUUCAAAUAACAUUUUAUGUAUACGGUAGUGAGUUAUAUAUAUAAGUUGUAUCGAAUGAAAAUUUAACUAAGAUAAAACAUUUUUACACCUUUUUAUUAAGACACAUUAACACCUGAAAACGAACCCAUCAUAUAAAAUAUAUACACUAAACAAUAAACAGUUUUGCUGGUUCUUUGGUCAAAUCCGGAAUUGCAAAACUUUUUCCCUAUAUCUUGAUUUUGAUUUAGAUACUUAUGGAUUAAUUAAUUUUUGCUUGCUAUAGAAUGGAGCUUUACCAGCUCAAACAGUGGAAUAAGUCGAUUUGUGAAAGAAGAGGAGUUGACUCAUUAUUGCAUAUGAUCAUUGAACUUAUAACGCAUUUACAUUUUAAAAAUAUACCCUGAUGUGAAAGUAUUCAUAAGAAGUAAACUUUAUAUCACAAAUAAAUCUUAAAUCUUAAGACCAUAAAUGUAGGCUUGGUUUAAAUUGUUAGCUACUUGUUUACGAAAAUUGCAUAGCAGAAAACAGAACUUAAACAUAGGUUGCCUCUUCUAUAUCUAGUUUCUAUUUUCUGAUUUUCUGGUUAGUUUCAAAUUUAUAAUUUACUCACAUCUAUAUAUUAAGUAGUUUAGCUGAUUCUUUAUAGAUAUUUUUCCUUGUUAAUUUAUUUAAUCAACGCCUUUCAUAUGCUAUAAAAGUAAUUAGUAGCUCCCAUAAUAGUUUUAAAGUUUUAUAAGGAUUAUAUUAUUUAUCUCAAACUCGAUAUAUCCUCUAAAUAAAUUAAUAUACACAGUUUGGGAUGGCCAGGUACUUUGAACUAAAUACAGUACUUAUUUUCAGAUUUAUAAAGUUUAAAUUUAAAAUCAAGUUGUCAAAUUUGCAUUUAUUUGGUUGUUUGGCUUGUGAAUUUUAUUUUAUUAUUCACAUAUUAACAAUUGCAGGCAUUAUUUGUUUUGGUUAUUUUAAUAAAAUUAUAUCAGUAAAAAAAUCCAUUUAAAAACGCCCUGCACACAUCGAGUUGGAAAAUAUUUAUACACCUUGAAUAUCCCUAUAGUCGGGAAUUUAGCAACAACAUUUCUUUAUUCACUUGAACCUUGGCACAUCAAUGUUUAAUUUAAUUAUAUCAAUAUCUUUUCUUUUAAGUUCUUCCUUUAUUUGCUUUAGUCCAUUUUUCAAUUUCAAUGUUUAGCAUAGUUUAUCAUGAAGUUAUUGAUAAAUCUAUAGCAGCCCAAUCAAAAGUUCUAACUAAAAGUUCAUUCUAACUUUCACAUGAUAUUAGUAAAAACUUAUCGAAGCCGAUCUCAUAGGUAUCAUAAUAUUUUUUAUUUUUUGGACGGUUCCUUAGGAUAUAGUUAUAAUUUAUAAUAUUUGUAUAUAUGUCAGAAUCUUAUAACUUUGAUAUUUUUUUUACAACAAUUUUUUCUAUGGUCUUUCUGUUAUGGUUACUUUCUCCAUUCAUUUCUACAAAAACAAAGUGCUCAACUACUACUUCAUUAGUCUAAUCAUUCUCUAGACACAAAAUUAUAUUCCUGAGAAAUAUAGUGCCUCAGGCAAGGUUAAAAGGUUAAAAAGACUAAAAAUUAAUAAAAAUGGCAUAUUAAGAUACAUGAGAAUGGGACCAAACCUAGAUCUACAAAAACCUUCAAUCACAUCAUUACGACAAUACGAUAAUUCCAUGAAUUAAUUCAAUGAAUUACACACAUUCUCAUGUAUCUUAAUAUGCCAUUUUUAUUAAUUUUUAGUCUUUAACCUUUUAACCUUGCCUGAGUCACUAUAUCUAUAAGAUGUAUUGAUGGAACCCCUUAAUUUGUUAUCCCUGAUGAUGGACAUGUUAUAUAUAUUUUGCAAAUAAAAAAUGUAAUUGGAAACAAAAUCAUUAAAAAAAACAAACUUGACUUAACUAAAUCCUCUAAGUAUGUUUAAUAUUAAGGAGUACUACUAGUAUUAAUUUAAUAUUUUCGUUUUGAGUCCAACCGUUCUGAAUCUGGAAAGCGUUCUCGCAUGUUUGAAACAAAAUUAAGUCGUUUAAUUUCAUGCCUUUCUAACGCCACCUGUAACAUUGUCCAGCUCGAAUAUUUGUUGCAAUAGAUACCUUUAAGUUGAUCUCAAUAAGAUAUUAUUUGUCAGUUUAUGUAUAAUUUAUUGUUAAAUUAAAUAGUUUGUAGUUUUA